AUGUUCUUUUGUUUUGCAGUUCAUCAAAAUUGCUAUGCCGCAUAUCGGUCUUUAUUUUUUCCUUUUCCUUUAUUUGAUUGGUGGUGCGUGGACUUUUGCCAGCUUUUUGAUUUGUUUAGACUAUCGUCAUUAAUGGAAGGUCGAGAUUUUCCGCUCAAUCCAGAUUCUGAUAAGCAAACGGAGGAUCUUGUUUCUUCUCGAUGGACUAAAAUGUCAUCAAUCUUAUAUGCGUUAUCGAUUUUGACAACAACGGGUUACGCAUAUGCAGUUCCAGUGACUGUAUUGGGACAAUGGAUCGCAAUUGGCUACGGCCUUUUCGGCAUACCACUUAUGGUCUUAGCAGCUGUUGAUAUUGGCAGCUUUCUCUCUGAAAUUGUUCUUUAUAUUUAUGCUAAGGUCCUUCAUUUUUUCGUACAGAAACACUCGAAAACGAUUCGUGAAAUCAUGUUUAAUUCUAAGAAAAAAUCAACAAGUUAUGGAACUUGUGGAAACAAAAACAAUCAAAAUCUCAGAAAUUCCAAGAAUUCGGUUAAAUUCGACUUGAAAAUUCAAAUACUAUCUAAAGAAAUUUUUUUAAGAUCAGUUCGCAAUCACAAGUUUUUCAAAAGAAGAAAAGGAGUUGACCAAAAGAAACGGCGUCUACCACUCACUGUAAAUGCAUCAAUUUUACUGAUAUUUUGUAUGCUUGGCGGACUUGUUUAUAUCGCUGCGGGUGGCCAAAAAACUUUCUUGGAAGCCUUUUUUGUCACUUUUAACCUCGUUGCAAAUUUGACAAUGGCUGAAAUGCCCAACGAUUUGAAUCAUUUGUUGACACUUUUCUACAUCAUUAUCUUUGUCACAUUUGGAUUGGCAGUAUUAUCAAUGUGCGGUGAUUUAGCAGCAACUGAAUUAAAAUCACUUUUUUUGAAAAUCCAUUAUUUUGGACGCAAAAUUGAUUGGAAGAGGCCAUUCAAUAGAAAGGACCAGGUUGAAAUAAAUGCAGAAUUAAGUGCGUUGGUUAAAAUAAUUGCAGAUGUACACAAAAAAUAUCCUGAGAAAAAAAAAAUUUCUUCUGCUGAUCUCAUGCAGUACCUUAAAGAAAUCAAAGAAGAAUCUGAUGCUUUGAGAUACAGACGUCGGGAUACUAUUGCUUAUAUGCCGCAAACAUUCGAAAUGCUUAAGUUUGCUGACGAAAUGGAUCUUGAAGACUCGGCGCAUCGUUCUUUAUCACAAAUUGAAGUUUUACCUGCAAUUGAUUCUGAUUCAGACCUAUUCGACUUAUUCGAGUGA